GCCCGGCCCCCGAUCCCCGCGCCACGGCCCGCGCCAUGGGGCUCUGGCUACCGCCGCCCCCCGCGCCGCCAGGCUAGGGCGAUGUGGGAGCCCCCGGACCGCGGCCCCCGCGGGCACCAUGAGCCCCCUACUCCGCCGCCUGCUGCUCGCCGCGCUGCUGCAGCUGGCGGGCGCCCAGGCCCCUGUCUCCCAGCUUGAUGCCCCUGAUCACCAGAAGAAAGUGGUGUCUUGGAUGGACGUCUAUACCCGUGCUACCUGCCAGCCCAGGGAGGUGGUGGUGCCUCUGAGCAUGGAGCUCAUGGGCAGCGUGGCCAAACAACUGGUGCCCAGCUGUGUGACCGUGCAACGCUGUGGUGGCUGCUGCCCUGACGACGGCCUGGAAUGUGUGCCCACUGGGCAGCACCAAGUCCGAAUGCAGAUCCUCAUGAUCCAGUACCCAAGCAGUCAGCUGGGGGAGAUGUCCUUGGAAGAACACAGCCAAUGUGAAUGCAGACCCAAACAAAAGGAAAGUGCUGUGAAGCCAAACAGGGCUGCCAUACCCCACCACCGUCCCCAGCCCCGCUCUGUUCCGGGCUGGGAUUCUGCCCCCGGAGCACCCUCCCCAGCUGACAUCAUCCAUCCCACUCCAGCCCCAGGAUCCUCUGCCCACGCUGCACCCAGCGCCGUCAGCGCCCUGACCCCCGGACCUGCCGCUGCCGCUGUAGACGCCGCAGCUUCCUCCGUUGCCAAGGGCGGGGCUUAGAUCUCAACCCAGACACCUGCAGGUGCCGGAAGCUGCGAAAGUGACAUGUUGCUUUUCAGACUCAGCCAGACACUCCCCUCACAGGCCCUAUCCCAGUGGAAGAAGAGGGGAGCCCAGAACACCCCAGCCCAGGACCUCAGUCCUAGAGAAGCUGCCCCAAGGACCUUGUGCUCUUAGAGAGCUCAGUCUCCCAAAGCUGUCAUCUAACAGUUUCCAAGGAACUUAAUGGCAGUAAGAGGGGUCUUAUCCCAGCUUAGGGGAAACAGGGUGCUGUUAACUACCCUGGGCAAGUGAGCAUCUUCUGUUUGACUCCGCCUCCCUACUAUGAAGAGUCCAAACUUUGACAAAUAAUGGCAUUUGGGCUCUGUUAUGAUAACUGUGCCCCCCCCCCCCCACCCUGAUAAAAGAGAUAGAAGGAAC